UUGUGGUUUGUCAGAUAGAUACUUUUCAACUGUGUAGCUUUAUCCGGCGCAGCGAUGCAGCGCACGCCACGUGAAAGAAGCGUCGAUUUUAUUUGCGCCAUGCACUUCUCAAAAUGUCGGUUUCCAAGAGGUACGUGAAGAAGAAAAUGCCAUAUGUCGGUCUUGCCUUCGUUCCUCGUUCAAGAAGAAUUUUACAUGCUUUCGUGAGGUUAGCUGACUGACUUCGUUUACAUACGCCUCUGCAGUGCACUACAGAAACACAGGCGUGAAGAAGACUCCAUCGGUUGAGAGAUGAAAGUGACAAAAACACACUUUGUACCCGUAAAAUAUCGGUUUGAGCCGUCGUUUGCUUCUGCGGAUAUUUUUCGGUUUGAUGUGGAGGUUGUACUUAUCUUCUCUGUUGGAUGGCUGUCAGUCUCGGUAUCGUGUGUUUGUCCACAACUAUUGCUCGUCGUGAUGCUGUUUGGAAACAAUAAUUUUGAAGUCGUCCUCAUUGACUGGUCGGCUGGUACGAUUAGAAGUGAAGAAAACGAGAACUUCUACAGAAGCUUGUUACCACGACGACCAAAUAUCAUCUUCUCAGGUGGGUAAUCAUUCACUUGUUUGCCCGACACGUUCUCUAAUUCGCGACCCCCGAUAACUUAUUUGAAUUUCUAAUUGCUGUACCCCCUCCAUCUUUUACAGUAUUCAACAUUUCUAUUCUGUUCGUGCAAUAAUAUAUCUUCAUUUUUUUAUUAUCCCCCCAGAAUUAUGAUUUCCUAAAUUUCUAAACACGAAACAAACUCCUCUUUUAUCAGAAGCGGGCCUUCUUCUUGAACAAGUAGAAAAUGGUCCGUUUACGCGGCGCGGAGGCCGUGACGCAGGCAGUAACGGACACGACCGGUGAUCCCAUUGUGUGGUAUGUGCUCGGUGGCGUCGCCGUGUUCGCCCUCAUUCUGGGCGCGAUGUGUUGUUGCUGCCGCGGCGCGUCGUGCAUCGGCCGGGCGCGUUAUGAGAGUGCACAACAGGAGCACCCCAUCCCCCUCAUUUGUCAUGCAAAAACCCAAAUACAGUUGCUACCUUGUGGCACCUCCGCAUGCAUGACAAAUUCCGGAAAUCCAAACAGUACUUCUACACUCGGCGCAUGAACUUGUCAUGCACAGGGUUCACAUGCACUGGUGCUUGUAAUGCUGUUCAUGCAAUACAAAGGAGGGGAGUGGGAGCUCUUGUGCACUGUCAUACGCGUACCUGGUGUGGGAAGAAGUUUUGCUGUUGUUGCAAAAAGAAGGACAAGGACAAGGACGCAGUAUGCACUGCAAAAGUAGCGUACUAGUUCUAGAUCUAGUAUAAUGCGCAUGACAAAUAAUUUCCUCAGCAUGAGAAAUGAGAUUAAUAUUUACAUUGCUUGACUUCCGGGUUCUGGUCCCGCCUACCCCCCGGCGACAGGUGACCUUGGCAGGUAACCGCGACAGGUGACAUUGACAGGCGACCUUGACAGGUGACCUUGACAGGUGACCUUGACAGGUGACCUGGACAGUUGGCCGCGACAGGCGAAGCGAGAGGAUAAAGCAAAGGCGAGGCCAGCGCCUGGGCGCAAAUAUUUAUUUUUCACGCCAAAUGCCGCUCUUGACGUGAAAAAUAAAUUAAAAGCGCCAAAAAAAAAGAAACGCGACGCAAAAAAUGAAAAAGAUUAAUGCCGUAACACAAACUGCCUCCAUAAGCAAAGAAGCCUUUGCGGUGCCAUGGAAAAAUAAGUAAGCGGCUAUCUCUGCAAUGCACGGCCAGGAGACAGCUGCUUACUUUGCUCUGUGGAAUCGGAAAGGCGUUGCGCUUCAAUGUUAGAGAACUUUUUUGCAGAAGCCACACAGAGAUAUUUACUUUGCUUCUAUUUUUCUUUUUUCUUGCAAAAUGCAGGGCGCCUAAUUCGCCCUUUUUCCACUAGCGCUUCGCGCACUGAUCCACUACGCGCGCGCCUGGUGUGAGGCGAGGGGCGGACGCUGUCCGUCCCGAAGCCGAACACCCUUCCCCCACUAGCGUUUCGCGCACUAAGCCACUACGCGCGCGCCUGGUGUGAGGCGAGGGGCGGACGCUGUCCGCCCCGAUGCCGAACACCCUUCCCCCACUAGCGCCACUAGGGACGAGCACAAGGCCCCAGCGUGGGGACCCUGUCCCCACGCUCGGGUGGGCCUUGUUUGUCAUGCGGAUUCAUCUUGACAUAUAGAAAUUUGUAAUGCAUAAAUGCGAUCAGUACAUCGAGUGCGAUACUUUUGCAAUGCAUACGCAGCUGCCGGUGGCGAUGGGGACUGGGACGAGUGGGGCGAAGACGACUGGUACUGGGGCGGCGGCGGAGCCUACGGCGGCGGUGGCGGCUACGAUGACUACGGUGGCUACGGAGGCGGCGGCGGUUACGGUGGCGGCGGCUACAAUGAUGGCGGGUAUGGUGGCGGAGGUGACUACUGGCAGGGCGGGCUGGUGACCGGCCCGGCGCGGUUUUCGGGCCGCUCCCGCUACGGCGAAGGCCAGGCGGACGUGGAAAAUCAGCUGGUCGAUGAAGGGGACGUAUGGAGGGGAAAAGUAUCGUAUUCGUUGUAUUGCGAUCAUGCAUUACAAAUCUUUUUCUUAAGGUAAAUCAGCAUUACAAAUUUUAUUUCUCAUGCUCAGGAAAUCUGUAAUGCAUUUACGUUAGUGCGAUACUUUUGCACUGCAUAGGACGAAGAAUCGCCGAUCGCGGGCCUUUACGACGAUGAAACGAAGUAUGCAUUGCAAAUAUGCCUGGGUCUGGAAGGCUGCGAACUUGUGAUGCGUGUUGCGCAUCCUGCAAAAAUCUGUCUUGCAUGGCUUGCACCAAAAGGUGCCUAUUUCUGGCCAAACUGAGAGGGCACUUCUCAUGCGGAACAGGCAUCACUAAGGAGCUGCAGAACCUGUGAUGCUGGGCCCUGCAUUUCAGACUUGUUGGCGGAGCUUGGAAAAACUGCAUGACAAAUCUCGGAACCUUCCAGACCCAGACAUAUUUGCAUUUCAUACGAAGCCGCUGUCCAAACACUCCAUGUCCGCGAAGGGCGGAAAAAAGGGCAAGGGCAAGAAGGGUGGAAAAAUGAACAAGGGAAAGAACAAAGCGGGGAAAGAACAAAUCCCCGCCUCCCCGGAGGGGGAAAGUGGCGCGCCCGUGGUGAUGGGACAGGCUGUGGGCAGUUCGGAAACGGGGUCGGACGAAGAAGACUCGAACGCGAGCGACGAAGAAACGGUGAUGUCAGUGGCGCAAUACCUGCGCAAGUCCAAGAAUGCGAACUGAAAGAAAAAACAGGGAGAAGAACGAAGACGAACUCAAAAAGGCGUUUCUCGAUAUAAUUCUCAGCUUCACGGCCUUGAGGGGCGAGGAGUUGCUUCGAUUUCGCACAAGAGAACAAGAGUGAAGAGCUUUCCAAGACCACCAUUUUUCCGUCUCAUUUAUUCGCCUUCCAAGACUACAUCGUCGGGACCAUUUUUCCGAACUUCUUAUCCGCAGCCAGUCGCAGUCCCAGCUAAAAAUGGCGGAUAAAUCCGCUCGCGGAAUUGAAGCGAACGAAUCACAAUCAAUUGUGACUGUGGUGCCAGGAGCUCGCAUUUCGCUACUAGUUUUUACACAGGAACCGGAUGCACGCUACAUGGCUUUUCAGCUGCAAAUUGUGAUGGGAUAUUCUGGAUGUACUUGAUAUCGACUAGCUCUAGAUUUACUACUAGCAGGAGGAGCACGACUACUUACAUUUAUCGUAUCGCGCAGUAGACACGAAAGUGAGGCGGGUAAGAGAAAUUUUACGACGCACCAGAAAGUAGCGCUGGCUUGCCGUGUCUACAUGUUGGGCUCGAAGUAGAGUGUCGGGCCUUCAAUUCCCCUGAGAGGUAGAUGUGCCAAAGCCGUCAUCGUCAACGAGCAGUAGUCGACUAUCUGUACAGGUCUAGUUGCUUGACGCGAAUUUUCUAAUCGUGCCAGGCGGCUAGCUUUUCCUCUAGCUUUCGAAAAUUUUGUUUUCAACAAGCUCCUUUUGUUUUUACGUUUUGUUUUUGUAACCUCAUUUACUUCUUAAAUAUUUUACAUAAAUUAUAAUCUCACAUGACCACUACACUUAGCCUUUUACUUUCAUCUCCUGUUACAACAACUUACACAUGCUUAUGCUAAACUUUAUUCCCGUCAUCUCGCACGCACUAUUUUUUAUUUUUUGACUUCUAUGCAUUACCAAUCACAUUGUCCUGACAUAGUUCACUAACCGUUGAAAUACAGAAAAUAAAUUCAAGAGAAGAACGAAGAAUAACGACUAGUAGAGAGGAUAAUGUAGAAAAAAUUCAAGAGUACUUGUACUUCAUCUGCCGAACAAACUACUAUCUAGAGAGCUGUGAAAGUAGAAUUGCCGUCGUUUCCAGCAGCGUGAACGUGAAAAUUUGCUAUCGACGUUACCAGGACUAAAAAAUCGGGCUACUGUUGCAACUGCUCCUUCCGGAGAAGUACUCAGGCCCCCGCGGUGAAGCUGCUGGAUUCGACAAGAAAAAACUACGACUUGGACUUGAAACUUACUGCAGCGCAUUUCUACGACUAAAGGUUGUUUCUGAUCUCUAACAUCAAACUUCUGCGAAUUAAGUAAAAAAAAACGCCGCUAAGUGGAGAUCUGUAGUGGUGCACGACACUGGUUGCAUCUGAUGAAGUCCUUCGUCGUCAUGCGGAGAUUUCUCGUCGACGGCGCCUUCUCGGUCAGACGGCGCCUUAUGAUCGGUCACGCUCUGAUAUUGUGCAACAGGUUUUCGGUUUGCCAUGAUGAUAGUGAUUGUGAUACAUAUAUUUUCGGUGGUGCGACAUCAAUUUGGAUUUGCU